UAGAAAGAGCGUCGGAGUGGUCUAUGUUAACCCAUUUUACUACAUCAAGCGCAUGCUCCUUGAGGUACGAAAUGCGAGUAAUUGCAUCAUCGAGGAUGGAGCAUCGUCUUGCGCUGUAACAGAAUAAUCGAGACAGAUCGUCGACGAAAAAAGUGUUUCAUUUAGUCUCUUAGUAUAUUCGUUUGUAGGGCAUUGUGCAGCUGGUUUGGCGUGAGGUGUGGCGUGAAUUUCAUGAUACGUAAACGGAAAUGAAUCCUGCUUCGGUACCACCUGCUCCUGAAUGCUUUGCGCAACGCCACCGUCUCGCUCUAUUCUGAACUGCAGUAGACCACACCAUCAGCGACGCGGCUGGACAGCGAAUACCCACCGAGUACGACUACUACACUCCCUCCACUUCCUUUCAUCAUGUGGGACAGGACUACCAUGCAGCUGUGCUGAGGCUCACUCCAAGUCGCUCUGCUCUCCCUCCCCCUGUUCCAGCUCCAGCACCAGCUCUAGCCCCCUCGGUUCGCUCCCGCAGAGCUCCAGACCCCUCCACUGAGCCUCCAUAGAGCCUCCUCUCGCAGGGCUGGCCCACCCCACCCAAGGCUCCAUGAUGAGUAGGCUGCUGGCCAAGCUGGACCCGCGGCGGAUCCAGUGGAGGGCGUUCCAGCUGCGGGUGCUCCGUACCAAGCCGGUGGAGUCCAUGCUAGAGUGUACGGGCGGCACAGGGCCCCACGGCACCAAGCUGGCGCGCGUGCUCACCACUGUCGACCUCGUCUCCCUGGGCGUUGGCAGUUGUGUGGGGACCGGCAUGUAUGUGGUGUCUGGGCUGGUAGCCAAGGAAAUGGCAGGCCCUGGGGUCAUCAUGUCCUUCAUCAUCGCUGCUGUGGCUUCCAUCCUGUCAGGUGUGUGUUAUGCCGAAUUUGGUGUGCGUGUGCCGAAGACCACUGGCUCAGCCUACACAUACAGCUAUGUGACGGUGGGCGAGUUUGUAGCCUUUUUCAUUGGCUGGAAUCUGAUUCUGGAGUAUCUUAUUGGUACAGCAGCAGGGGCCAGUGCUCUUAGCAGCAUGUUUGACUCACUGGCCAAUCACAGUAUCAGCGGGUUCAUGAUCAGCCAUGUGGGGACCCUCAACGGACUGGGUAAAGGUGAGGAGUCUUACCCGGAUGUUUUGGCUCUGGUUAUAGCCAUGCUCGUCACUGCAGUAGUGGCCCUGGGGGUUAAGAACUCUGUGGGCUUCAACAAUGUUCUGAACGUGAUCAAUCUGCUGGUUUGGGUCUUCAUCAUGAUCGCUGGUCUCUUCUUUGUAAGCAGUGCCAACUGGGAUGAGGGUCGCUUCCUGCCUUUCGGCUGGUCAGGGGUCAUGCAAGGAGCAGCCACCUGCUUCUAUGCUUUUAUUGGAUUUGACAUCAUAGCCACUACAGGAGAGGAGGCCAAGAGCCCCAACACGUCCAUCCCAUACGCCAUCACUGCCUCACUCGUCACCUGCCUCACCGCCUACGUCUCCGUGAGUGUGAUUCUCACCUUGAUGGUGCCCUACACAGAGAUCGACGCCGACGCGCCGUUGAUGGAGAUGUUCUCUCUGCAUGGCUUUCAGGUAGCCAAAUACAUAGUGGCCAUAGGUUCCAUCGCUGGCCUCACAGUCAGCCUGCUGGGCUCCCUCUUCCCCAUGCCCAGAAUUAUCUACGCCAUGGCUGGAGACGGCUUGCUCUUCAGGUUUCUGGCACAUGUGAGCACAUACACCGAAACUCCGGCUGUGGCAUGCAUCGUGUCCGGUUUCCUGGCCUCUCUGCUGGCACUGCUGGUGAGCCUCAGGGACCUAAUCGAGAUGAUGUCCAUUGGCACACUGCUGGCCUACACACUGGUGUCCGUGUGCGUGCUUCUGCUGCGCUAUCAGCCCGAGAGUGACAUCCAUGGCUUCGUCAACUUCCUGUCAGAGGAGAGCGCCAAGCGCAAGGAGGGCGUGCUGGCUGAGUGUGAGAAGGACACAUGCUCACCCCUCAGUGAGGGCGAGGACUAUGUCGGCCCACCCAUCAACACCUGCGGCGCCAAGAACCUCCCAUCUCUUGGUGACAACGAGAUGCUGAUCGGUAAGCCGGAUCGGUCCAGCUAUACGGCCAGCCAUCCCAACUAUGGCACGGUGGACAUGUCCUCGGGCAUCGAGACAGAUGAAACAGACAGCGUGUACCUCCAGAAGCUGAAGAAACUGAUGGGACCCCAUUACUAUACCCUGCGCAUCCGCCUAGGUCUCCCAGGCAAGAUGGACCGGCCCACGGCAUCCACAGGCCGCACCGUCACGCAUUGCGUCCUCUUGCUCUUCAUCCUCAUGUUUGGCUUCUGCUCACUGAUCAUCUUUGGGGCAGGCUGCAUUGUCGAUGGUCGCUGGUGGGCUAUAGUGCUGCUGGUGCUGCUCCUACUCGUCAUCUCCCUGCUCUUCUUCAUCAUCCUUCAGCAGCCGGAAAACCCCAAGAGGCUGCCCUACAUGGCACCAUGUGUGCCCUUUGUACCUGCCUCGGCCAUGCUGGUCAACAUAUACCUCAUGCUCAAACUCUCCAGCAUCACGUGGAUCCGCUUUGCUGCCUGGUGUUUUGUGGGUAUUUUAAUCUACUUUGGCUAUGGCAUGUGGAACAGUACACUGGAGAUCACAGCACUGGAAGAAGAAGUCCACGCUAGCACAUACCAACGCUACGACAUGGGUGUGGACGACAGCUUCACCGUAGAUGAUGAUCUUUUCCCUUCGGGAGACUGGCGACCCCAAAGCAGGGCCCAGCCCCAGCAGCAGCCACAGGGGAACGGCGAGCAGACCGAGCGUCCGCCUGACAUCCGGAACAGUGCGGACGAACACAGGACCUCUUCCUCCUCACACAAGAAAUCCAAAGGCAGAGGCAUGAAGGAAGGCAGCCCCGACUUCAAGGCCCUGGUUGUGGACGAUGACUUGGAUGACCCUCUGGAAUAAGGCCAUAAUUUUGAAUGAACUCAUAUGUCCACAGCUGCCAAACCCUUGGGCUAGAUGGUGACCUCUCCAUUGCAAUAGCUUGUUUCAUUUCUCCUAUUAUUGAUUGAUUCAUUUGUUGAUUUGUGACCUUCACCCAUGACCUCAUCACAGGCUGAGAUAAUCACUCUGGUUGUGAAGCAUAUAUCUCCUGUAACUGUAACUGCGUGUUUUUUUGCACAGUUCUGUGACCAUCCUCUUGUUCACACAGGUCUGCUCCACAGAUACAGCUAUCCUUUCCUUUCACCAUUCAGAAUCUAUCUGCCUUUCCUUCAUCUUGGUCUUGAACUCUACAUAUUCACUGAGCAUAUCGCCUGUCACUGCACUAAUUACUGCAUCAUAUUUAACAUGCUGAACAUUCCAGCAUUAGUAGUGCACUUCACCGUUGGCAACAAGACGCGGGUGACCAACAGGAAGCUGUCAGGCCAUAGAGAUUCCGGUUCUUCCUGCAAUCAGGCCACCCUGUGUCGCUGCACAAACAGCUACUCAUCAAGUUCCUCUUGCCAUACUUUUCAACUGUAACAUUUUUCCUUUAAGGAGCCAUAAUAAUGUUUCUAUGUUUACUGACCAAAUAUUAUAUUAUAGCCAUGAAACACAAAGGUGAAAUGCAAGCUGAAGUUCAAAUCAGUGCUUAGAAGGUGGCCUGUGCUACUGACUGUUCUCUGACUGGGUUCCUAAAACCUCAGUGCAUACUGUAGAUUCGAGCAUCAAACACAUCUUCCUCAUUCCUCACCAACAUCUAGCCCAAGAGGUGGCUGAGCAGUUUGCUCUGGGUGGCUACAGGUAAUCAUUGGACUGCUUGCGAUAGUGCCUUCAUUCGUGAGUGUAUGCUUUGUCUCCCAUCACCCUGAUGCUCAUGCUUGUCUAUUCUGUUCAUGUCUGUCUUUUUUAGUGUCUUUUUAAUCUUCUUUGUCAGAGGAAAAGGCAUGAUAUUGGUGUACUUGCAUUUCAGGUGAAAGAUCAUUUGUGCAUGUUAGUCCAUUGCCAUGUUUCACCAUUUGCUCCAUGCCUGAGACUCUACUCCAUCCUUGCAAGCAGGCAGCUCUGGGUCAGCAGGAGAACUACAGUAUGGUUUGUGUCUCUGGGUCAAUCAGGGUCACUUUAAAAAGACAGUCAGAGCUAGGGUGAGAGGUUUGCAUGUGAUAUGAGAAGCCCUGUGCAGAAGCUCAUUGUGAGAGCGUCUCUGGAUUUGCUGUUGUUGCUCCGGGUCCAAAACGACCAAAACUAGGCCACAUCACUACCACAGGAGGCCCUAGGUAUAAAAACGCAAAUGCACAAAUCGUAUUUGCCAUGUUAUUUUUGAUUGCUUUUCUGACACUGAGUCACUUGCAGAGGAUAGAUAAAAAAAAAAAAAAAAAAAAAAAAGAUCCACAAGUCUUAAAAACGAGUAAGCCACAAGACAAAUGACUUCCAGACUGUCACUCUCUACAUUCACUCAUUGUGCAGCAGAUCCCCUUGGCUGGUUUAUUGAGCUUUAUGUGGGGCCUGGGUUAGUGUGUGGUGUGACUGCUCCUGUCCAUGUGAUGUUUUCUUGACUGUGUAGCAUGUGCUGCUGCACCAGGCCCAGAGUAAACAUGUGUUGCUGACUGUUUGCAUAUGUGAUAGCCCCAGCGAGACAUAAUACAACUCUGUAAUGUAGCAGAGAGAGGGAAGAGGAGUCCCCAGUCGUCCACGCCCCUCUGCUUACAGAGGAAGCCAAAGUCUGCAACCUUUGUUCAGCAUAUCAAAAGCAAGAUGCCGUCUAAGAACAGUAGGUUAGAACAGACAAAAAAUGUGUGUGGGGGGGGGGGGGGGUCUUAAAAGAAGUAUUUUUUUUAGGUGUUUCAUAACUUUCUCUGAGGUUCUCUGGGAACUCUGAAACAGCUGGUGAUGUUUUGUAGGUGUCCCAGCUCACUGGCUCACCACAUAGCCGAAUGCUAACACAGUGAAAACAUCUAUUUUUAAUGACCUCUUUUUAGAAUUGAUACAGCUCUGCUGGAGACGUUAUUUAUGUUUUAUUAUUCACUGUACCUUGGUCUAGAUUAGAGCACUACAAUAUACUUUAGAAGAAAGAGGCUUAAGGAAGGAUUAACUAAUUAAAAGAUAUUUUAUUAGGAAUCUAUUUAAAAAACAAAACCAAAAGUUUUGACUAUUGCUUUGAAAGUCAGCUACUAGUUGUGUAUUUUGUCUCGAGGAUAAAGCACGGUGUUGUACUUGAUAUCUUUCCUGCUGCAGCAAGUUUGUUCGGUAUUUGUUGAGGAAAUGUUGAGGUUGGCUUCCUUCUGCGAAACUGAUAUUUGUUUUUGCUGUAUAUUUUGGUACGAAGUGGAUGUUUUCUUGUAUUAUAUUUAAAAAAAAAACAACUUUUUAUUGUU